GCCCACCGGUCCGAGGAUCAAGGCCUCCGCAUUAAAAGUCAACUGUGGAUGACUGACGCCGCGGGGGGCAAACGGGCAAUUUAGUAACUUUCCUCCGUUAAUUUGCAUACAACAAAAGGCACAAAAAAACCACCUGCUAAUUCUCGCACAGACACAGACACAAAUUCAGAUAUAGAUACACACAGAGUCGCUCCGGAAUUCAGAAUUCAGCAUCCAGAAUCGCAUCGCGGUCAUAGAAAUCGGUGUAGCAUGUCAAGUGGACGCAGCGCACGCCUACCGCCCACGCCCUCGCAUACCACCAACAACAAGCACCGGGUGGCAGCCGCAGCCGCAGCAGCAGCAGCAGCGGCGGCAGCUGCCUCAGAGCCCAACAGCAACAGCAUGAUGCAGUACAGCAGUAGCCAUGCCACAGCCCCCACCUCGGCGGCCGCCACAGCUGCAACGUCUGCCAUGGGAAUGGGUGGGGGCAUGGGAGUGGGCGGGGGCAUGGCCAUGGGCAUGGCUGGUGGCAUGGGUAUGGGUGGCAUGGGAUUGGGCAGCAACAUGUCCGUCGGCGUUCCACCAUUCAACCUUGGCUCCGGCAUGGGCAUGGGCAUCUCCACUGUCAGCGAUGCCAGCGUCAGCGUGGAGCGCAUACCCGUCGACACCAUCGAUGCCCUGGGACCCGAGCUGGCCGUGGCCACCACACAGAUGCUCGAGAAUCUCUCCGAGAAUGAGCGCAAGAUGAUCAUCGAGGUGCUCAACAGGGAUGAGUCGGUGCGACAGCGAGAUGCCACCAGAAUGAUGCUCUUGCGCGCUGAAUUGUAUUCGCUGAGGCGCAAGGGUGCGGCUAAGGUCGUUGGUGGAGGAGUGCAGCCACACGAUGCCACACAACAACCACAACAACAACAACAGCAUACAAUGCAGCAAAAUCAACAACAACAACAACUACAGAUCGAACAACACACCAACAAUUACAACGCACACAACGACAUGAGUCGGCACUGCGCUCGCUGCACCACCGAACUGGGCCGCAUCACGAACCGCGGCGCCCCCUGCCGCGUCUGCAAGCUGCGCGUGUGCAAAGCCUGUCGCGAGUUCACAUCGCGCACCACGGAUUGGGUGUGCGUGGUGUGCCACAAGCAAAUGGAGAUACAGAGCGCCAGUGGAGAGUGGAUUAAGGACGCCUAUGCCGUGGGCUCCUGCAGUGCCGUCGACCAUCUGACCACCAGCGAUGCGCUGAGGAAGAGCAUGCGACGUUCCUGGACCAUAUCGAACCCCGAGGACGACCCGAAUAAUCCCAAUUCCCAGCAGCCAGUGGCCGAUAAUUUGUACCCACAGCAGCAGCACCUAAUCGAGGCCCAGUCCGCCGGCAGCUACCCGACCCUGCACCCGCUACACCAGCAUCAGCACCAGUUGCCGCAGCAGCCACGUCCGGCACACGGCAUCGGCUACAACAGCGGCACUGCCACGCCCACGACCAGCAGCAAGUGGCAGCUGGGGCGUCGGGUCCUGCGUCAGUCGACGCUGCCGAGCACCCUCAACAACGACCCCACCCUGAGCGGCAGCGGAUCCAAUCUGGCCAACUACAAUUCCGUGAACCUCACGGCGCCCACAUCGCCGCAUCAGCAUCAGAAGAGUCCGCUCUAUCCGGGCGCCUACAACAGCGACGACAUUAUCCACAUGAAUACGGCAGCCGGAGUGGCAGUGUCAGUGGGCGUGGGCGUUGGGGCAGGAGGAGACUGCGACAACUACGCACAACAGCAACAGCAGCAACAGCAACAGCAGCAGCCACAGCUGGAGGGCACGCCCACGCAUCACCGUCUGCAGGUGCGGCGACAAUCGACGCUGCCAGCCCAGCCCACGCCAGCCAUUUACAUGUCCACCUCCCCGAACCGCUACAGCCGCUCCCCGGAGCGCUCUCCGGGCGAGCAGCAGCGCUAUCCGCCGUUCAUGCGGCAGACCUCCUUCCCGGAACCCCCGAGCACCUAUCACCGCACAAAGCUGCUGCCCAGCACCGCCAAUCUGCCGGCCUCGCAAUCAUCCCAGCAGCCGCCAGUGUCGGUGUCCGGGCCAGGCUCAGGACCAGCGCCACCCCUCAAUUACGAGUCGCAGGCGUCGAGCAUGGCCAGCGAUGAGAUGGACUACGCCCAGCCCACCCAGCCGGGUGGACCGGGUGGACCGGGUGGACAGGGACCGCUGCCCAAGCCGCGGAUGACGCGCCAGGCCACGCUGCCAAAUCCGGAGCAGCACGUGAAGCUGCUGCCGACGUCACCGCCCAAGCGACAGACCUCUCCGCAGUAUCGCCGCUCGCCGGAGUUCAUGCGCCAGCAGACGCUGCCCAAUCCGGAGGCCUUCAGCAGCGGCAACACCCUCACGGUGCACUCCACGCCACCGGCCAAGUUCAUGCCCAUCUCGCCGCGGGCCAAGCAGAACUUCCUCUUCCCCAAUGUGCCGAAUCCGCGGCCCUUCCUGUCGCAGCAGAAUGUGCCCACCGUGGGCACCACGGAGCUGGGCAGCGGCGGCAGCGUGGCCAGCACGGGGGUGGGCGCCGGGGAGCAGUACUCCAGCAGCCAGAGCGUCAACAUCCACCACUCGCGGGACCCGCACGCGAAGAUGAUCAAGGUGCGCAGCCACAGCAACGAGGAGUACUCGAACGCCAAGACGCAUGUGGAGAACCGCCGCCUGCUGCCGGAGAUACCCACCGUGCAGCGGGCAGCGAGCCGCUCGCCCAGCCGGCUGGUGCGGCAGGACUGCCUCAAGGAGGAGCACGGCUCGCGCACCUUUGGCGAGGCCAAGCAGCAGUUCCACCAGUUCCCCGACGUCACCGAGGAGCUGGAGGGCCGGCCCGAGUACGUCGACUACUUUGGCGACAGCUCCAGCAGCUUCCUCGAGUCCGACGAGGUGCAGUACGAGAAGAACUACAACGCGGGCUUCAGCAGCGAGCCGCGCAUCAUCUACAACAAUGGAUCCGACGACGGCAGCUACAAGCAGGCCCACCAGCGUCCCAUCUACAGUGCGGAGAACGUCCUGGCCGACUCCGGCUACGGGGGCGGGGGCCUGGGUGCGGGCGGCAUGGGUGUGGGCGCUGGAGUGUCCAACUACUAUCCGGACAUGAGCACUCCCCAGGGAUUCUAUGGCGGUGCCGCUCUGCCCCGCACCCCACUCAUGCACAACCGCCUGCGACGCCGUCAGUCGCGGGAGCUGCAGAUGCAGCAGGAGGAGCUGGCCCAACUCGCUCAGGUGGAGGCUGCCACCGGAGUCGAAAGUUUCUCCAUCGCUGCGGGCGCCACACUGGAGGUGAAUGCCGCCGCACGUCGCAAGCCGGACCAAAUGCGUUCCGUGUCCGAAGAUUCGGGUGCCAAGACCACGCCGAAGCCAGUCACGCGGCGCUCCUUCUCGCAUCCCGAGAAGGACAGUCUGCCGCCAAAGAAGUUGGAAACCUCGAAGAUACCCAGCCCCCGACCGCUGGCCGACAUUCUGGACAAGACGCGCGGCAACUCAAAGAUUCCACAGCCGCGGCGACGCAACAGCCGCACGGGCAUCGGCGAGCCAGAGGACGGCGGUAGCACGCCCCAGCACAUUUACUCCUUCCAUCAACAGCUUAUGCAUAGAAACUCUGAUUUAGCCAUGCGUCUGAAAAAAACAGAAAUUCCUCCUGUCGCCACAGUAGCCAGCGCCGAGGAAAAACCUCAGCCUGAGUCCCAGCUAGAGUCGGCAACGGAGCAGCCGUCCAACGGCAAAUCCCUUGAGUCCUCCUCGGCCAACACAGAAGCCAGCGACGCAAAUGCCCCAUCGGGCGCCGCACACACCAGCAAACUGGGCGAACAGGAGCUGCAGAAUGCAGUGGAGGCCGCUGCCGUUGUCUUCAAGAAAGUUGUCCUGCAACGGCGCCAGGAAAAGGAGAAGGAGAAGGCCGCCGAGGAAGCGUUGCAGCUGCCGGCCGCUUCCGGUGACGCCAGCGGCAUGGAUGCCAUGGAAACGUCGUCGUCGUCGGAGCUCGAGUUCAGGUGCACCACCACGCACGGCCUGCAGCAGCAGCAGUCACAGUACAGCGUCGAAGCCGACGAGUUCAAGCUCGUCUUUCUCAACUCGGACUCGUCAUCGUCCUGCCGGAAGGAGGAAGAGGAAGAGGAGGACGACACAGACUCAUCCUGCUCCACGCACCACUGCCACAGCAUCGUGAGCAAUGUGGAGGACUGCGACUGGGACUACUUCGAGCCGUCGAUGAUAGCCUCCACCACCACGACGACGACAAUGAUUGCCUACACGGCCACGCCCACACCGCCUCCACGCAUACGCCGCCGUUCCAGCGACAGCGAUUCGCCGCUCCUCCAGCGACGCCAACAGCAGCUGCGCAGCUACUGUCCCCGGAUCCGGGAGAGCGACACGGGCACCGGCACCGGCACGGACGAGGAGCUACUCCAGCACACGGAGAGCAGCUCCCAGACCAGCUCCGAUCAGACAGCACCCCCCGUGCCGCCACCCCCGCUCCCGAUGAGCAUGAAGACGCGCAUCAAGACGCGGUUCCUCAAGAGCAGCCACCAUCAUCACCACCAUCAUGCGCCGAGUCGCUGCAGCUGCAGUGCAGCCGCCGCCCCAUGCCCGCCAUCGCCGCCGCAGCAGCCCCAGUAUGUGCCCAUACCCGUGCCCGUGCCCAUACCCGUGCCCAUGGCCGCCUACCAGAACUGGCAGCUGGACUAUCCGGGCACCGCAGGCCCACUCCUCGAGCAGGACGACCCGCUGGCCGCCUCGCUGCAGCAAUUGUGGCAAGCGGCCGCGGCACUGGGCGGCUUCAAGUCCUCCGCACUGGCCGGCUUCAAAUCUUCGGCGCCGGAACUGAGCGCCUCGCUGGGCUCCCUGAUGACGCAGUCGCUGUGCUCCACCGCCUCGUCGUCUUCCUCGACCACAUCGGGAUACGGGACGGCGGCGGGACGCAGCCUGGAGACACUGACCGGCUGUCUCUGCCCGGCCGCCCGGGCUGCCAACUCGUUGCAGCAGCAGCGUCAAAUGGCCAGCAACAACAGCAGCAGCAGCCCCAGCAGUGGGGCUUCAAAGCCAACAACGCAGCCAACAAGUUUAGUAUCGUCGCGCCUUCCGUCGAGUGAGCAUCAGCGAGCGCGUCCCCCGAUCGAAUACAGCGAAACGGACGACAGCAACGCAACGCCCACCACUGGGGAGAGAUUGUGUAAUGUCUAUGAUAAAACCGGCGACGGCGACGGCGAUGGCGAUGGCGGCGGAGAGCCAGCGGCCCAGACACAUGUUGCUGUUGAUAAGCAACUGAAGGGGAAUGCUACAGAGGGAACCGCUCAGAGAGGGCCACACAAAUACCACAGCCGAAUUCUAUGCGAAACCGAGCAAACACAAACCAAAACGGCAACAACAGAAACAGAAACUGAAACAGAAACCUACCUGGCCAGAAACAACAGCCACAGCCAGAGCCACAGCCACAGCCAGAGCCACAGCCAAGAAGAAGUGGAAGCAGCAGACGAAACGAAUAUACAUAAAAAUCAAGUACCAGCAGCAGCGGCAGCAACAACUAGAGCUGAGGCAGCAGCGGCAGCAGCAGCAGCUCCUUCGGCCAUAACUCGUUUUGCAGUCGAAAAUGUUGGAAUUGCUGAAAAUGCCGAGAUUGUUGCCGCCGCGCCUAGAGAGCACCUAGUAGAGAAGGAGGCAGCAGCAGCAGCAGAUCCCAAACCCAAUCCCAGUGCCACAGCGAGUGCCAAGAAUUUGUCCUCCAAUCGACUUAUAGCCAAGAGGGCCACCAUGUCCGAGGAGCAGCACAAGAUGCGCGAGAGCACAGUGGGCCACUUGCUGAGCGAAAGCUAUGCGGCCAGCAGUCCGGAUGAGGCCAGCAGCAACAGCAGCUGCAGCGCAGAUGAGGAUCAGGCGGCACAGAGCCCACGCAAACUGGUGGAGCGCAGCUACGAUGUGGCUGUGGCAAUGCAGGCGGAACUGCAACCAGACCCAGAGCCACACCCACAGCUGCAGCUGCAACUGGAGCUGGAGCAGGAGCCGGAGCAGGAGCCGGAGCAGAUGCAUCACAGCACCACCACCGACAGCAGCAGCAGCAGCGAGACCAGUUCCAAUUCCAGCUCCAGCUCGGAGUCGUGUGACUCGGAUGACACCGGCACCGUGGCCGAUCGCCGGCCCAAGCGGCGGCGCUUCAACAAGGUGUUCGUCGUGAACCGUCAGCCGGGACAGGCGGGACAGCGGGUCAGAGCCAGACGCAGCUCCUCAACGGAGGGCGAUUCACUGUCCUCCUCGGAGGCCAAUCUGGAGGAUUCCUCCGACAACGAUACGGACACGGAGCGCACAGAUUGCGGAAUUGUUUUGAACUAUGUGAAGCCGCUGGGCGAGGCAGCAGCAGCAGCAGCACCUCUGGGUGAGCAGGCGGAGGAGGGGCAAGUGCAACGUGCACGUGACGCCAACGUCAACGAUGCCGAUGCCGAUGCCAAUGCCUACGCCAGCGACGACUACGACGACGACGACGACGACGACGAUGAUGACGAUGAUGAAAGUGAACGAUGCCGCGUUGCCAACUCAAGCGAUGAGCUUGCCAACUGCAUUGUAGUGGUGGGCGGGCAGACGGACGACGGCGACGGUGUGGUGCUGCACGGCAUGCGAUCUCUGCCAGACGCGGAGCCAAUGCAAUCAGAGCGCUGCGACUUGGAGCUGGAGCUGCACAGCAUCUCCAACGAUGUCAACCGGCUGCUGGAGCUGCACAAGCAAAACUCUCAGCUGGAGAUGAAGCUGCAGCGGCUGCGACGCGGCGUUGCCGAAAUCAAUGAGGAUCACCUGGCCACCACAUCCACAUCCACAGCCAUGGGCACUGCUGUGGCUGCCGCCACCCAGGGGAAGCCCGUCGAGUGCAGCCCAGAGGGUGAGGGCUGUUGGUCAUCGCCAGGUGGUAAUCCGCCCGCUUCUCCUUCUCGGAAAAGCAUUGUAAAUGUUAAUUCUAAUGACGAAAGCAGCCAAAGAGAGGCAGAAACAACAGAGGCAGAAACAACAGAGGCAGAAGCAGCGAAACAAAACGAAAACGAAGCGAAGGGUAAACACAAUGUAAACGAAGAAGCCGCAGCAACAGCAACAGCGGCGGCGGCGGCGGCUACUCUCGGGUUUACCUGCCAUCAUCAGAAGCACAGGCAGAGGCAGAGCCACAGCCAGAGCCAUGGACAGAAGCAGGUACCUGCUGUGGCUCGAGAGCCGGAGAGCGGCAGCCGAAGCGAACGCUCAAACUCGCACUCGCGCGCUCUCUCCCACUCCCACUCGCACUCGCACGCUCUCUCGCGCUCUCGCCUACCUGUUGCUCAGGGCCAAGCCGAUUUCGGAGUCGAAGUGAAGUCGCAUUCGGAGUCGUUGCGCUCGCCAUUCGAACAUGAAAUGUUAAACGUUGCGGUCGAGGAGGAGCCAAUAUUCGGCACACACCUGAGUGCGAAUAUGCUGAAUACUCCGACAGCAACAGCAACAACAACGGCCAGCAGCCCAAGAACGUCGCCAGUGGAGAUGGAGGGCCAGAGUCCCAGUACCUCAGCCAAGAAUUCACUCUCGGCCAAGUAUCGCAGUCUGGUCAUGAUCACAAAAGACAACGAAAGUGCAGCAACAGCAGCUGGAACAGCAGCUGAAACAGCCACAACAAAGGCCAAAAGCGAUUACGACAGCAACCACUUUGGCCAGAACUUUGGCGGUGAGUCAUUGCGCGCCAUUGAGGGCUCGGAUCUUGUGACCAGCGAUCGGGAAUCAUCGCGCGACUCCUACAGCGUGGACUCGCUCAACGAACCGGCGCCAAAGAUCUGCCUGGACGAUGGCCUGGCCGACGAUGACUCCUGGGUGGAGGAGCUCAGCCAGCACGAAAACGAAGACGAAGAAGAUGAGGACGAGGAUGAGGAGGAGGAGGAUGAGAACAUAAGCAAUGCCACCACCACGCCGACGGCCACCGAUUCGGAAGAUGCCGAUGGCGAUGGGGACAUGAACAGACGCCACAGCUACAUGGACAGGGAGGAGGAGCUGCGCGGCUACCACAGAUCGGCCAUUGACUUUACGCUGCACACCAUCGUGGAGGAGAGCUGCGAGGAGAGCGAGGUGGCCUCCAUGCGGGCGGACAACGAGGACGCCGACGAGGAGGAGGAUCUGGCCGAGCGUCGCCGCCAGCGCACACUGCAGCACCAUCACCGCCUCAGUGCCUCCGAGCUGGAGAAGUACUUCUUCUUUGGACUCGGCGACGGCAAGGUGAUGAGCUCCAUUGACACGCGGGGCGACGACACCGCCUCGGAAGUGAGCUCGGAGUGUUCCGAGGGCAUCGACUCGCUGCCACACGAGGAUCAGCUGCUGGACGGGUGCAACAGUGCCACCGAUCUGGCCUCGUCCCGCCUGGAGAAGUACUUCCUGUCCGGAUUCAUGGGCUUCAGCGGCGCCGAGAAGCAGGCGGAAAGCGACGAGAGCGGCGGCAGCGUGGGCAGCGACAGCGAGGGACAUCCGAGUCCCAGCCAACGAAGGAAGCGACUGGUACGCGCACGCGGCACUCCGCGCAGCCACAACUCCUCGCUGGACAACCUCCUGCUGCCGGAGACGGACACCCUGGACGCCAGCACGUGUCCGGCUGCCAUGGCUGUGGAGGACACCUCCGAGUCGGAGGCCGGAUGCGACGACACGGUCAUCCAUCUGGCCAAUGCCGGAGCCUCGGAUGGCUCCUCCUCGGACACCAUCAAGCGCAAGAAGCAGCUGCGCAAGCGCCACGACUCUCUGGACGAGAAGAAGAUGCACGAGGAUGCCCUGGCAUUGGGUGGCGGCCCCGAGUGUCGCACGCCCACUCCCGGAUCGAUGGGUGGCAGCUCGAGCCAGGGACAGGGCCAGGGCCAGGCCAAGAAGCAGCAGCACCACCACAGCCGCGACAGCGGAUUCGUGGGCAGCAACGAUGAUCUGCUCAAGGCGCCCGACUGCGAGCCACCGAAAUCUCCGACUCCGGCCCUCGAGCAGAUCAGCGAGGACCGCGAGCCGGCGCCGGCCCUCGGUCUGGCGGCCAAGCUGGAACUGCCGAGCACCUCGGCAUCGGCACUGGCAUUGGCCAGUGGAGCGUCCGGCCAGGGUCAGCGGCCCAGGCCAGUGCCUCCCGUGACGACCAGUUCGAAUCUGGUGCGGAAGGACAGCUUCAACAACUGGAGCUCCGACGAGGAGACCAACCUGAUGAUGAGCAAGAUGCGGCAGUUCUUCAAGACGCUCAUCGUGGCCACGGCCAAUGCCCAGCAGAGCAAACCCACCACGCCCCCCAUGCCCAGCGGCACCACCACAAGCACAACGACGCCCAACUCGCAGCGGAAAUUGGCCAAGACGCGACCCGCACAAUUGGCCUACUUCGAGAACGAACUGACGCGCCUCAUGAAGACGGUGCCGGGCAUCAACGACGAGCAGGUGCGCGAGAUCGUGGAGUACCUGAGCAGCGAGGACACGUGGUCGGACUCGUACGACUCCUCGGACUACACCAGCUCCGAUCUGGAGGGGGGCGAGCGCAAGGGACACCUCAAGGCGCAGAUCUCGGCCAGCUGCCAGCAGAUCAUCAACAAGUUCGAGGUGGACGAGGAAGGGGACCGCGGCGACGGCGGCCUGCUGGACGAGGUGCAGAGUCUGCACGGAGACACCGCUUUGGUCUACCAGAAACUGGUGGCCUCCUUCAGCAAGGUGGCUGUGGGUGGCGCCGCCAGCGCAGCAGCGGAAACAGAACCCGAAUCCCCACAGAUGGCAGCGCAGGAGGAGCAGCAGGAUCGGGAUCAGGAUCAGGAGCCAGCGGGCAGCACGGAGCAGCGAUCGCCGCAGCUCUUUGCCAAGGUGAUGCAACACAUUGGCACCCGCCUGGUGGCCCUGAUGCACGAGGUGAGCAGCGGGAAUGAGACGCCGACACCCUCGCCGGCCACCGGACAGGGACAAACGCGUCACCAUCGGCGGCUGCAGGCCAAGAUCUCGGCCACAACGACAGAGGAUGAGGAGGACGAGGUGGAAGAGCAGCUGCGGGCGAUGCCCAUCAAGCAGCUGAAGCUGCGCAGCAGAUCCCACGAUCUCCUCCUGGACGGACCCCACACGCACGGCCAUGCGCAUCCAGCUGGGGCGCAUCAUGCAGCGGGCUCGGCAGCCGGAGGAUCGGCCGCAGGAGGGGCAGGACACGGCGACAAUGCAGGGGAGGAGUGCGGCGUGGCCAGCGACUACGAAAGGUUUUCGUGGCGCGGCAGUUUUGAGUCGGCAUUACUGGCUAAUGGCGACAGCAGAACGAGGCUCAGUCAGCUGAGCCAACUGGACAGGGACAACUCGUCGUCUGCGUCCGCUUUGGCUGUAGCAAAGCGCCGAUCGGCAGGCGACCUCCUCUUCAGUCAGCACCAACAGAGCCUCAGCCGCGAGCAGCUGGACCGCGUCCGAUCCUGCGGCAGCAUCGGCGGCGGCGACGCCCACCACCAUCAGUUGGAGGCCUCGCCCGCGAAGCCGUGGCUCUCCUCGGCAGGCUCCUCCAUUGGCGGCGACUCGGCCAAGGAUGUGCGUCGCUCCAGCGUACCGGAUGCCAUCUACGAGACGGACUCCAGCGACGAGGGUGGUGCCCAGAACCAGUUCAGCGGCGCCCGCUCCACCCUGCCACGCAGCCUGACCAGCGGCGGCCAGGUGGCCAGCACCAACUCCCUGCCCCGACUGCCCACCUCCUCGGUGGGUGCGGGUGCGGCGGGGCCCAUCACCAGCACGCCCAAGACCAAGUCGCAGAGCGCCCUCAACCACACACCCUCCUGCCCCGCCAGCAGUGCCAAAAGUGCACGCUAUCGCUCGCCCGGAUUGGCAGCCCGUGCCGCUGCCGCCAGCAAUAACAGCAGCAGCAGCAGCAGUGCUGCCGGCGGAGGAAUGGGUGGAGGUGGAGUUGGAGGUGCCACCACCAGUGGCAGUGGCAGCAAAAAGCUGGGUGCGGGCUUCCAGUUCCUGUACUCGAAGCGCGAUGCGCGCAAACGUCUCAACAUGUCAGCGGAAGAGGCCAAAGUGGCCGCCGAGGAGCUCACACAUUCGCCGGUGAUUGGACAGCGGCAGGCGGCGGAGGCGGUUGCCACCGCCAGUCCCGUACAGUCGCGUGCCUCCAAUGAGGCCUGGCCGGUGCAGUCGGACGAGGACAUCGACCGCCUGGUGGCCAUGCAUCAGAACCGCAGCAGUCUCAGCUCUUUGGGGGUUCGCUCGGAGUCCAUGGCCAGCGUUUACUCUGGCGCUGGCGAGGGUCGCUAUGGCACUGUGGUGGUCAAGGGUCAGGUGGAGUUUGCCAUGCAGUACAACUACAAGCUGGCCGCCCUCGAGAUCCAUGUGGUGCGCUGCAAGGAUCUGGCCGCCGUCGAUGCCAAGCGCAAUCGCAGCGAUCCCUAUGUGAAGGUAUACCUGCUGCCGGAUAAAUCAAAGGCAGGCAAGCGGAAAACCAAAGUCAAGAAGCACACCCUCAAUCCCGUCUUUGACGAGACGAUGCGUUUCCACACGUCCAUCGCCAGCCUGGAGUCGCGCACCCUGUGGCUGACUGUCUGGCACUCGGACAUGUUCGGGCGUAACGACUUCCUGGGCGAGGUCUCCGUCAAUCUGCAGGGACGUGUCUUUGACAAUCCCCAAUCGCAAUGGUAUCUCCUCCAGGAACGGAGCGAACCCUUCGAUGAGGUGGCCACCUAUCGCGGCGACAUUGUGGUGGGCCUCAAGUACAUUCCCCCCGAAAGCCUGAAGUCGUCGUUCUUCUCGCGUGGCUCCUCCCUCACGGGCAGCUCCUCGAACCUGCGCAAAUUCGGUGGCAGCAUCAAAUCCGUCGCCUCAAAGUCGGACCGCACUGCCAAGGGCGGUCAGCUGCAUGUGCUGGUCAAGGAGGCCAAGCAUCUGAGUCCGAUCAAGGCCAACGGCAGCUGCGAUGCCUUCUGCAAGAGUUAUCUGCUUCCGGAUCGCACGCGCAGCUCCAAGCAGAAGACGCCAGUGGUAAAGCGCACGCUGCAUCCCACCUGGAACUACACCUUUGUGUACGAGGAUGUCUCGCUGGAGGACUUGUCGGAGCGCGCCUUGGAGCUGACCGUCUGGGAUCACGAUCGGCUGGCCAGCAAUGAGUUUGUCGGCGGCAUACGUUUCUCCUUGGGCACGGGUCGCAGCUAUGGCCGCCAGGUCGAAUGGAUGGAUGCCACUGGCAAGGAGCUAUCGCUGUGGCAGAAUAUGCUGGAUCGACCCAAUUUCUGGGUGGAGGGCAGCUUGGUGCUGCGCUCCAGUCUGGAUGGCAUUCGAGCCACAUUGCCAUAGGAGCACGAGCCGGAGCCAGAGCCUCCACUUGCAUAUUAGUAAAUUAUUUGCUAGAAUCCACAAGCCACAAUCCACAAAGUUGCAGUUAGAGUUUGCUGCCCAUGGGCACAACAUUGUAUUGUAUUGUAUUGUAUUGUAUUAACUAUCGAUUAAGCUACGAUGACAGUCGAUAACGAUGACUCUGAGAAGCAUUAUUAUUAAUGUUCUAAGUAAAGGCAUAAGUCAGUUACAGUUACAGAUGCAGAACUGAACUGAACUGGACUGACUGGCCUAAUUAAUUGAUUGUUUGUUUGUUUGCACGUGGCCAGAGUGGCCACAUCCACAGCUAGAGUUAAGUUUAAGUGUGUAGGAUCAUCAUAUAUGUAUGGAUGAUUCCUGAAUACUCGUACUCGAAUAUGGCGAUGACGCUGCACGCACCCAUACCCCACAGACGUAAAUAAACCGAGCGCAAAUAUAGAACAAAACGCAGAGCAAAACGUUAUCUAACGUUAUGGCAUUACUCUACUUAUGGCAGCGCAAUUCUCAGUGCAGAUAAAAAAAAAAAAUAAAAAAAAAAAAUAAAACUGUAAAGCAGCAAAACCACGAGAACUACAGUAUGAAGCGACGAUGAUGACGCAGCCCAAGGGCUGCCUGGGCUGCCUAGAUAAUUAGCUCUACCAUGUUUAUAUGUGUAUUCUUUCCCAACCUCUCUCCCUCUCCCUCUCUGAGAGGCACUUGCAAUUCGCAUACUGUAUGCACUUAAAGCUAAACACGAUAAAAAAGCUACAACUAAAAUACUAUAACUAAAGUAUAGUUCAAAACGAGACAUAAGUUUACCAUGUAUACCUAUCCAUAAUAUGCGCGGAAAAUACAAAUAACAUUUUUUUGUAAA